CUGGGCGCCUGGGCUUGAUUUUCAUAAUGUCAGCGUGAUUAGGGCUGUGGACGGUUUGCGGCAUGGGCCAGUCUAUGCCUGGAGACAUGUUUAGGGGCAGCUUGCUAGGGGUUAGCAGGCCAAGCUCGCAGGGGCACGUGCAAUCUGCAAGGCACCCUCUCCCCAUUGGCGCCACCCAUGCUGCUCAUUUUGCGGCCUGUGGGUGGGUGCAUUGCUGCCGCCCAACGCCUCCCACCAUCCAUCCACCCAUCCAUCCAUCCAUGGCCUCGCCUCGCCUCGCCUUGCACAGCGACAAGCCCACCCGUCCAUCCCUCCAGCAGGCCCUCCAGCAAUGCGCGACUACACACGACACGACAAUUGCCGGGCGCGCACGCGGACCGCCUCCCUUUCGGGCCGGAGCUCCACCAUCAACGCCUCUCGCUACUCUCGCGCACGUGACCCAUCGCUCCCUGCUACUCGCUGCCACAUACCCACAUGUACAACACACUUUCAUACGUGCGUACACAUGA